GUGAACGUCACUCUGGGGCUCAUCAAGACAAGCUGGCCAUGUGGAUGAAGCUACUGCUGCUCGUGGCUGCGACGCUGUGCGUCGUGGCUGCCGAUGACGACUACCAGAUGAGGGAUGAGGUCGAGGUCGUGGCCAACACGAUCCGACCAUACGCGAACCCCACCGAAACUUACCAGUAUUACAAGCUGCCAUAUUGCAAACCAAAGGAGCGCCAAUGGGACGAUCACGACCUGGGUGAGCUGCUUACAGGCAGUCGCAAGGUCGUGACGGAUUAUCGUCUCUACUUUGGCGUGGACCAGACCUACGCGCAGCUCUGUAAGCUGUCAGUGACUCCAGAUGUCAUGAAGUCGUUCAAAGACGCGGUGGAUGAGAACUACGAGUUCGAAAUGUAUGUAGACGAUAUCAGACUGCGAGGCCAGGUGGGAUACCUCAUCCAGGAGGGCAUACGUGAAGGUAUGAAGAUGCACUACUAUCUUAACACACACCUACACUUCGACAUCGCCUACAACAACGUGGAAGCGGAGGAAGGCAAGAACAAAAUCGUGGCUGUGAACAUGACAAUGGCAUCUUCCGACCCAGAUCUUGAAUACCACUACGCAUUGUCGACUGAUAAUAUAGCCAAGGCACCUGAAGCAAUCUUCACGUACUCUGUGAAGUGGCACAACCGCCCCGAUCUGUUGUACGAGAACCGCAACGUUGACAAAGAACUCGUUGAGCCCGACGACUUGGAGCUGCAUUGGAUUUCAGUCAUUAACUCGUUCAUCCUGGUGAUGAUGCUGACGGGGUUCUUGUCCAUUGUGAUGAUCCGCAUUCUCAAGCGUGACUUCUCACGAUACACAGACCUGGAGACUGGCGACGAACAUGCACUAGAGGACGAUUCUGGCUGGAAGCUCUUGCACGCCGAUGUAUUCCGGUUCCCUACGCAGUUGAGCAUUUUCUGUGCACUUAACGGUGCCGGUGCGCAACUGUUCGUGAUGCUUUCGGUGGCGCUGGCAUCUUCAUUACUCGGCAUCGUUAAGCCGAACAAGCGCGGCGGUAUGAUGACUGCAUUCAUCGUGCUCUAUGCGCUCACUGCAGGCGUCGGAGGCUUUCAUUCUGCUCGAUUGUACCGUCAGCUUGGAGGUCAGCGAUGGGUGUGGAACAUUUUGAUGUGUGUCCUGGUUAUCCCUGGACCGCUGGUCGCUAUCUUCUCGUUUUUGAACUCGGUGGCGAUUUGGAAUGAUUCGUCAGCGGCACUGCCUUUUGGUACUAUCAUGAUCGUGCUCGCGUUGUUCAUCACAGUGGCGUUGCCUCUGACAAUUAUCGGAGGCGUUGCUGGACGGAAUUCCACUGGCGAUUUCAAGUCUCCGUGUCGUACGAACAAGAUUCCGCGUGAGAUCCCGUCCGUCCCUGGCUACCGCAGUCCGUUUAUCCUUAUCGUCGCAGCUGGGUGCCUCCCAUUCAGCGCCGUUUACAUCGAGCUGCACCACAUUUUCGCAGCGAUCUGGGGUCAUUCGAUCUACACGCUCUUUGGUAUCCUGUUCUUGUCGUUUGUCAUGCUGGUGUUCGUGACUGCGUUCACGACCAUCUCGUUGACGUACAUCCAACUUUCUUCUGAGGACCAUCGCUGGUGGUGGCGGUCGUACAUCUCGGGCGGAACGACGGGACUCUUCGUGCUCGCGUACAGUGUGUGGUACUAUACGAGCAUCGCAGACAUGACAGGCUUCUUCCAGGCAGCAUUCUACUUUGGCUACACCAGCAUAAUGGCGUACUGCUUCUUUGUCAUGCUGGGCUUUAUCGGAUUCCAGAGCUCACUUUUCUUCGUGAACAAGAUCUACCGAACCAUCAAGGUGGAGUAG